GUGUCACCCUGGCUAGUUCUGCUCCCCAAAUUAAAAGGUAAAUAAACGGUUGAGCACGUCCCGUCAGCCUGAAGGAAAACCUCCACCCCCGACUUUGUAGGACUGACAUCUGAAGACGUCAGAGACUGCGGUCACAACCGUCGGUACCUCCUCAGGGCGCUUAACAGAGGUCAAAGAAGGCCCUCGUACCCUCCUGGCGGGUGAAAGCCCAGGCUCAGGGUGGUCUUCUACACCACCGCCUCUCCCGGGACCACUUGGAAGCGAGUCCCAGCGAACUACUCGACCCAGGAAACCACCGGGCCGCCACUUCCAGCCUCUUCGGAAGUCAAGGCAACGCUCCUGAACGUUGCCACGGGAACAGCUGGAGGCGGGCGGAUAUGCCCUAGCGUUAUCUGGGGGCUGGCCCGGGGAAUGGCGUGGGGGCGGCGGGGCCAAGCAAGCGCCACCUCUGAUUGGGCAAAACCUCCUCUCCUCACCUGCCAAUAGGAACCGGUCCACUGUACAGACGCGCAGGUUUAUAUUCUGGGAAGAGCUGCUCUCAGAGCGGAGGGAGCCCAUAUAACUCUGGGACUCUGCCGUACCUCCUAGAGGAACAGAGCGCCUCUCAGGCGUCAGAGGCUGCUGCAAAUGCGGGUCCGCGAGUCACGGUCGCGCGUCUUGCUGAUGCUCACGGGAAAUGUAGUUCAAAGGGCGUGGGCGGUGCCUUCGGUGCAGGCGAGAGAUUGGUCAGCGCGGCGUCGCCGGGGCAACACCCGGCUGAGGCGCGCCGCGAUGUGCGGCGCCACAUCCGGGAAGCGGCCGCCAAGCAACGGCUCCGGGUUGAGGCCCAUCUUGACGAUUCCAAGACCACCCCCUUGAGCAAGAAUGCCAUCCCCUCUGGGUCCCCCAUGCCUGCCCCUCAUGGACCCAGAGACCACCCUUGAGGAGCCUGAGACUGCCCGCCUCCGCUUCCGAGGGUUCUGCUACCAGGAGGUGGCAGGUCCCCGAGAAGCCCUGGCCCGGCUGCGUGAACUGUGUCGCCAGUGGCUGCAGCCUGAGGCACACUCCAAGGAGCAAAUGCUGGAGAUGCUGGUGCUGGAGCAGUUCCUGGGCACACUGCCUCCCGAGAUCCAGGCCUGGGUGCGCAGUCAGCGGCCAGGCAGUCCUGAGGAGGCCGCUGCCCUAGUCGAAGGACUGCAGGAUGACCCUGGGCAACUGUUGGGCUGGAUCACAGCCCAUGUCCUGAAGCAGGAGGUGCUCCCUGCAGCCCAGAAGACAGAGGAACCACUGGGGAGCCCCCACCCCUCAGGGACAGUGGAGUCCCCUGGGGAGGGUCCCCAGGUCACCAGAAUAGAGAGGUCUGUCCAGCUCAGCUGCAGUGUGAAGGAGGAGCCCAAUGUCGAUGGACAGGAAGUGGCACCCUCCAGCCCUCCACUUGCAGCGCAGUCCGCUGAGGGGCACCAUGGACACCAAGAACCAGCCUCCACAUCCUUCCACCCACCGAGGAUUCAGGAGGAGUGGGGGCUGCUGGACCGGUCACAGAAGGAACUGUACUGGGAUGCGAUGCUGGAGAAGUACGGCACGGUGGUCUCCUUGGGGUUACCGCCCCACCAGCCAGAGGCACAGGCCCAGUCAGAGCUGGGGAUGCUGCUCACGGGGACAGGCGUCUGCAGAAGCCUGCGCUCGGGAAAUGAGAGUGAGGGUCUACCCGGCUGCCCAGAGGCCCAGCCGCCCCAGGGCCCAGGGCCUGCAGCCUGGGAGGGCUUGUCUGGGGCUGCCACUGCUGCCCCCACUGUGCGCCCAAGGACACCGCCAGUGCCCACUCAGCCCAAACCUGCAGAGACGAGACUGGAGCCGGCUGCCACCCCCAGGAAGCCCUACACGUGCGAGCAGUGUGGCCGCGGCUUCGAUUGGAAGUCAGUGUUCGUCAUCCACCACCGGACACACACGAGUGGGCCAGGUGCGCAGUCCCCGGGGCUAGCCACCGGGGAAAGCACAGAGAAGCCACCACAAAGGGAGCUGGCCUUUCCGCACCACCCCCGACGUUCACUCACAGGCCCCCGGAGCUACCCAUGCGAGGAGUGCGGGUGCAGCUUCAGCUGGAAGUCGCAGCUGGUCAUCCACCGCAAGAGCCACACAGGCCAGCGGCGCCACUUCUGCAGUGACUGUGGCCGCGCCUUCGACUGGAAGUCUCAGCUGGUCAUCCACCGCAAGGGCCACCGGCCGGAGGCUCCAUGAGCAGCCAGACAGCACAGUCCCUCGGGGCCUCGGUGUUCUCAAGGCCUGGAUACAGCCUCUGGGGCACCAGCAGAAGACUCUGGAGGCAGCAGGGGAUGCCAGAGUGAACAAGGGGUCCCAAGCCAGUUCCCUGCCCCUGGUCUGGUCUCCCCCAAAAGACCUGGGUGCAAGGAAAAGGAGCUGCUCCCUCUCUUCUUGCCCCUGCCUCCUAGAGGGAGGUCUGGGUUCCCUUCUAUGGCUGACCAGUGCCUGUGGGGUGACUGCCAAGCACCAGGCGCCCUCCCUCCCCGUGACAUGGCCUGGGCUGACAACACUCCCUCUCCUGGGACCUCCUUGCCUCAGGUGGGUGUUCAAAAACUGUGCCUUCCCACCCGUCUGUGCAGAGGCUGGGCCUGAGGUCUCAGUGUGGAGAGCAGCAGAAGACCCAGGAAGCACAGUUGGCUUCCGUUUCUCCUGCUCCGUGUGUGUUAGAAUUUUAACAUAAAUUCCACUUUCAUAAUA